CUCCCCUCCCCCGGUCUCUGUCACUAGGUGAUGGUGCAGCCAAGAUGGCGGCUGGAGCGUGAGCGGAGGCGGCUCCGCUCCCCGACCGCGGGAGGAGGCAGCGCAGCGAUGAGCCGCGUCCCCGGCCCCGUUGGGUUCCCGUGAGGCUCGCAGGGAGCGGGCGGCGCCCGGGCCAUGGCGGGGAUUAUCAAGAAGCAGAUCCUCAAGCACCUCUCCAGGUUCACCAAAAACCUGUCACCUGACAAGAUCAAUCUGAGCACACUAAAAGGGGAAGGUCAGCUGACCAACUUAGAGUUUGAUGAAGAGGUGCUUCAGAACAUGCUGGAUCUUCCAACAUGGCUUGCUAUAAACAAGGUCUUUUGCAAUAAAGCAGCUAUUAGGAUACCAUGGACAAAAUUGAAAACUCAUCCAAUCAGUCUGUCCCUGGAUAAAGUAAUAAUGGAAAUGAGUACUUGUGAAGAACCACGUGCCCCUAAUGGACCAUCACCUAUAGCGACUGCAUCAGGACAGAGUGAAUAUGGCUUUGCUGAAAAAGUGGUAGAAGGAAUUUCUGUUUCUGUGAACUCCAUUAUAAUCCGGAUUGGAGCGAAAGCUUUUAAUGCUUCAUUUGAACUUUCCCAGCUGAGAAUAUAUAGUGUAAAUGCAACCUGGGAACAUGGUGAUCUAAGAUUUACUCGAAUACAAGAAUCUCAGCAUGGAGAGGUAUUAACUUUUAAAGAGAUCAACUGGCAAAUGAUCAGAAUAGAAGCGGAUGCAAUCCAGAGUUCUCAGCAUGAAAUCAUGAGUGCUCCAGUUCGACUGAUUACUAACCAAUCAAAAAUCAGGGUUACACUUAAAAGAAGGUUAAAGGAUUGCAAUGUAGUGGCAUCAAAACUGGUUCUAAUACUAGAUGAUUUGCUAUGGGUUUUAACUGAUUCCCAGUUGAAAGCUAUGGUACAAUAUGCCAAAUCUCUUAGUGAAGCAAUAGAGAAAUCAACAGAACAAAGAAAAAGUUUGGCUUCUGAACCCACACAGAGUUCCGCCCCUGUACCAACCCCUCAGCAAGUGAAAGCACACCAGACUUCAGCAGCACCUGAUCAAAAUGAUGCAAUUGUAAAACUGUUCAGUGAUUUUGAUGUUAAGGAAACUUCUCAUCACUUAGUAAUUUCUCAUUUGGACCUGCAUAUUUGUGAUGAUAUUCACUCUAAAGAAAAAGAAUCAAACAGAAGUAUUACAGGAGGAGCUAUGCAGAUUUCCUUUAGCCAUUUAACUGUGGACUACUACCCUUUUCACAAAGCAGGAGACAACUGCAGUCACUGGAUGCAUUAUAGUGAUGCCACCAAAACCAGAAGUGGAUGGGCCCAAGAAUUAUUAGAUGAGUUCAAAAGCAAUGUUGAAUUGCUUAAACAGGCUGUGAAGGAUCAUAAUAUAGAUUCUCCUACUAACUCCCCACCUCAUGGUUCUCCUCCAAACAUACAAACAGGCAAGGACCAACAGAUACCUAAAGGAACUUCUAGGGCUGCUUCUGUAUCUCCCCAACAACCAAAGGAUAAACUCAUGUCCAGUCCUGUUGUUGUUAGACUUGCAGAUUUCAAUAUAUACCAGGUCUCUACAGCAGACCAAUGUCGUUCUUCCCCUAAAACUCUGAUUUCUUGCAAUAAAAAGUCACUUUAUCUUCCACCAGAAAUGUCAGCUAUUCAUAUUGAAUUCACUGAAUACUACUAUCCAGAUGGAAAAGACUAUCCUAUUCCAUGUCCGAAUCUUUAUGUGCAACUGAAUGCUCUGCAGUUCACUCUGGAUGAGAGAAGUAUUCUUUGGCUAAAUCAGUUUGUGUUGGAUGUAAAACAAAGUCUCAAUCAGUUCAUGGCCAUGUAUAAAUUAAAUGACAAUUCAAAAUCUGAUGAGCAUGUUGAUGUUAGAGUGGAUGGACUUAUGUUAAAGUUUAUCAUUCCCUCGGAAAAGAAACCUGAAAUCCAUAAAGAUCAGCCACGUGCAAUUUCUAUUCAGAGUUCUGAAAUGAUUGCUACAAACACAAGGCACUCGCCAAACUGUAGACACUCUGACCUGGAAGCCUUGUUCCAGAACUUCAAAGACUGUGAAUUUUUCAGUAGAACUUUCACCAACUUUCCCAAAUCUCAUGACAAUUUUAAUCUUCUGCACCCAAUCUUCCAGAGACAUGCUCAUGAACAAGAUACUAAGAUGCAUGAUGUUUAUAAAGGUUAUAUCACCCCAAAGCUAAAUAAAUAUGCACUAAAAACAUCUGCUGCCACUGAUGUCUGGGCUUUGCAUUUUUCCCAAUUUUGGAUAGAUUAUGAAGGAAUGAAAAGUGGGAAAGGCCGACCAGUAAGCUUUGUGGAUUCAUUCCCACUCUCCCUUUGGGUUUGCCAGCCAAUGAGAUUUGCACAGUCACAAAAGGAACUCUUUUCUUAUGAUCAAACACCUUUUAACAUUCCAAGAAGUGACUCUAGUGACCUAGCUAAUAGACUUCAGCGCAAAAAACUUUUGAGGGAAUAUUAUAGCACUGAGACAGAGCCCUUGACCAAUGGCAUUCAAAAGCUUCAUCCUUCAGACAGCACUUCAGGAGUUCUGUCUGCAAGUUCUUCCUCUGAUGCAGAUGUACAUGUCCUUAUUCAUAUUCAAAAACAUGUGAGCGUGCAAAUCAAUCAUUACCAGUUCCAUUUCUUAUUGUUGCUCCAUGACUCCCUUGUAUUGCUCCUGGAAAACCUAAGGAAAGAUGUUGAAGCAGUGACAGGCAAACCUGCACAGCAAACAGAUGUCUGCAUUGGGAUCUUACUUGAAAGUGCAGAAAUAGCUCUGUUGCUCCAUCCAGUGGCUCAAGCAAAACCCUGCAAGUCUCCAGUUUUGGAAGAAGAAAGUCUCAGGGCAGAAGAUCUUUCACCUUUGGAAAAUGAGGAAACUCUUGUAUCAGAGAGUAAACUAAUAACUAAUGAUAUAACACAGACUGAUAGUGUGGAUAUUAAUUAUGUAACUGAGUCCGCGAGCACUGAGGUUAACAAAGUCAUUUUGAUGGACCCCCUUCUUUUUAAAUCAGAUAGUGAUAUGGAUUUUCAGAAGGGAAUAUCAUUUUCAGAUGAUACAUCGGAUACGUGUUUGGGGAAAACACAUGAAGAUGACUGUAGUGGACUUUUUAGUAGGAGUGAUUCAGAAGAAGUUUGUGUGGCAUUAAGUGACAAAAGUAGCUUGUAUUCUAGGGAUUUGGUGAAUGUUUUAAAUAACAGAGAAGAUUCUAUUGAGUUAUUCAUUGAUAAAGAGAAUGACAAAAAUAUUUUUUCAAAUAAGUUAACUGAUCAGAAAAAUGGAACUGAAGGCUCUCCUGUUAAAGUGACAGACUUAGAACCAGAAACAGCCUUACAAUCUGAAGAGCUUGAAAUCAACAAAGAAAAAGUGUCUACAGUUAGAAUGAUUGCAACCCAGUCUACAUUAAGUGGAAAGCCUAAGGAACGCUGCCAGUCCAACCUCCCUGCAUUCUCUGUUUCUUAUAAGAACAUGAAGAGAAGUCCAUCACAAGUCUCUUUGGAUACCAUUUCUAUUGAUAGUAUGAUGUUAGAAGAACAUUUGCUAGAGAGUGAUGGAAGUGACAGCCAAAGCUUUAUGGAGAAAGCUAUCACAGGCAUGAAUUACCAAAGGCCAGCAGAAAGUGUGCAAGAUGAAGUUACAGGAGUUGACAAUUAUGGUGGGUCAUCUCCAGAUGCCAUCAGUGCAGCUUCAGAGAGUGCCCAGGAGACUAAUGAAGAAAUGAUGUCUGUUGUGGUUUUUAAAAUCUUUGGCGUUAAUGGUGAAAUUGACAUCAAAGGUGAAGACACAGAAGUAUGCCUUCAGGUGAAUCAGGUGAUACCAAGCCAGUUGGGCAAUAUCAGUGUUCGACAUUAUCUUUGCAACAGAACUGUUGGUUCAGAUCAUAAAUCUGUGGCUGGACCAAUUAAGUCAUCACCUGAAAUUAAUUUGAGAUGGGAAAAUGGGCCAAGUGCUGUAGUACACUCUCUGCUGGCUGUAAAAAAUGGCUUUCUACAGUGUCACGUAGAGAAUUUUAGUGCUGAAUUCCUAACAUCUUCCCUCACGAACAUUCAGCAUUUUCUAGAAGAUGAAACUGUUGCAGCAGUAAUGCCUAUGAAGAUUAAAGUUUCUAAUACAAAGAUUAAUUUAAAAGAUGACAGCCCACGUGAUAAUCUCUCAGCUCCUGAACCAGCCCCUGUAACACUGCAUAUUGACCUACUUUUGUUAGAGAGGAAUGACGAUGGUUCUUUUUGCAUCAGAGUAGCACCUAGAAUCCACAGCCCCAUUGUGCCAGAUUCUGUACAUAUAAUAAGGAAAUAAGUUAAAGCACUGUAUGAUGGAAUGCUGAACCAGCACUCUCAUCACUGAUUAACCUGUUACCCCUCUGGGAGGGGGCUGAUUAAGGAGAGGAGUCUCUGAUUACCAGAUGAGUUUGGAGCUCGCAUACUAAUUAGCCCAUUAACAAGAAGAGUGGAUAAAAGAGCACAGGAAGGAAGUGGGAGAUGGAGAGAAGCAGAAGAAAGAGAGAGAGGUUGGGCCUGACAAAAUGGAGUUCUCUGGGAGGAGACACCUUUUCUCCCCCCUCCCUUUUGGAGAAAGGACAGUAAAACUGGAUGACAUUGUAAAUACUGUGACUAAUUGAAUGUAGAAGGUGGUAGAGUAAAACACUAAAUAAACUUAACAGUGGUGUGUACAUGAGGGAAGACCUCUGAGUGAUCUGUGUGAAGCAAAGAGGACAGGAGCAGUAGAUACCUUAUCAGAUGUAGUUCAAAACAAAAAAAUUCUCUGUCUAGAACAAGUAUCUGCUUGUGAUUCUGUGUAUUAUGGAGGUACUAGAGCAGUUCCAUAGGAAGGAUUGCAUUGACAUUUGCAUCUAAAACUGGGAUUUAACCUCUUUGUUACAUAUGAAAAACAUAUCUGUGUGCAUACACUCAUUUGCGUACAAACACGUAGUUUGUCUGGGUGUGUGGACAUAUGCAGUACGAUUUGUGUGUAUAUAGUGUAACAACAUGGCAAUAAAGACUUCUACCACUUACCUUGCACGGAUACUUAAUGAAUCCACCUAUAUAAAGUGAGGAUAGCUUGCAUAUAUUUUUGUGUUAUACAUCAUCUGGUACAUUAGAAUUAUGCUUCUUAGUCAUCUUAGAUGCUUCAAAACUGAAAACUGUGAGUGUUUGUUGUUGUAUGUGCAAAUAUACAAUUCUAAGGUCUCUUUCAAUCAUUUGUAUCCUUCUCCCCAUUGGGUAAAAUUUAUUUAAGUUAUAAAGUUCUCUUAUGUUUCCCUAAUCCUUUGGUGUAGACGACUUAGGUGCAGUGGAUGCCAAAGUGGAGGUCAAGUACCUUCAGCAAUGAAGAGAUAUGUGUAUCUGUAUACAUAGUCAUGAACCCUGAAGUAUGUUUUUUUUAAUACAAUGGCAAAUUCAUGUAGUUUAGAGAGAAAUGUUUAUGAAGAUUUAGAUUACUAAAAAACUGCACCUCUCAUUUUGCGCUGCCUGCAAGUACAUUAAACACUCGAGUGUAUCUUUAAUCAUGUUAAAUGGAAGAAAGUUUCUUUAAUGUUAAACUUGGAAAUAUUUAAAAUUGUCUUGUGUUAAGGACCUGGUUCACACGUUGUCUUCAUAUGUAAGUACAGGCCCCAUCCUGACUGGAACCCUUGGGGUACGUCUACACUUCAGUUAAAACCCGCGGAUGACUUGAGUUCAUGGGACUUGGGCUGCGGGGCUGUAUAAUUGCAGUGUAGACACUCAGGCUGGAGCCCACGCUCUGGGACACCAGGAAGCAGGAGGAUCUCAGAGUCUAGGCUCCAGCCCGAGCCUGAUUGUCGACACCACAACUUUACAGCCCCGAAGCCCAAGCCCCAUGAGCUCAAGUCAGCUGACACUGGCCAGCCGUGGGUGUUUAACUGCAGCCUAGACAUACCCUUAGGCACUAUUGUAAUACACAUUUAUUAUUAUUAUUUUAUUACUAUUAACAGACAAAACUCCCAUUGACUUCAGUGCAAGUUACAUGCAUAUGAACAUCCCAGUCCAAAAUAUUAUUUAGAUUUUUUUGAAUAGUUAGUUUCCAUAUGUUUAGUUAAUUAAUCAUUUAAAGUAAUUUUUCCAUGAUGAUGAUUUUGACAUUGUUCAUAUUUACUAUUUCUUUAAGCUGCCAUAUAUAUAUAUAUAUAUAUAUAUAUAUACACACGCACACCUUUUCUCUCCCUUCCAAGAUGUAUACCUUUUAUUUUAAUGUGAUAUUGACAAGAAGGUGUAGGUAUAGUUAUACUUAAUGUUAAAAUUGUACUUGUUGGCCGUUUUAAUUCAAUAUUAACAAGAUUCAAUAAAAAUUAAACAUUUCAAACUUCCUGCUGUGUCUCUAUG